AUGAAGAACAAGGAAGGCUGGGACGGCAAAAUGCGCGUCGAGCCGAAAGCUAUCAUCACAAACCCGGAGGCCCUGGAGGACUCGGAUUACUCCGACCCGGAAGCGCCUCCCGUAGAGGAGAUCGACGCGGACGAGGAUCUACUGGCGGAUGAAGACGUGAACACCGAGGAUAUCGAUCUCGUGCAUUGUCGCAUAUCGUCGCUUUCGGCCUUGCAUCUGGAACGAUUCGAGAAGCUUCAGAGACUAUGCCUUCGCCAGAACCAAAUACAACGCAUCAAUUUCCCUUCGAACAUUACCCCGACCAUGAAGGAACUCGACCUCUAUGACAACCUUAUCUCGCACAUCAAGGGCCUGGAUGAGUUUCGCGACCUGACUAGCUUGGACCUGAGCUUCAAUAAGAUCAAGCAUAUCAAGAACGUUUCGCAUCUUGUUCACUUGACCGAAUUGUUCUUCGUGCAGAACAAGAUCUCGACAAUUGAAGGGCUAGAAGGGCUGAAUAAGUUGCGGAAUUUGGAGCUAGGAGCGAAUCGGAUCAGGGAAAUCGAGAAUCUCGAGACCCUCUCUGCUUUGGAAGAGCUCUGGCUCGGAAAGAACAAGAUCGUUGAGAUGAAGAACCUUGAUGCCCUCCAAAACCUCAAAAUCAUCUCCAUCCAAUCCAACCGCCUCACAAACAUUACCGGUGUCUCCAACCUCCCCAACCUCGAAGAACUCUACCUCUCCCACAACGCCAUCACAGACCUAACCGGGCUUGAAAAGAACGUAUCCCUGCGAGUACUCGACUUCUCCAACAACAAGAUUUCCCACCUAGAUCACCUCUCCUCACUUAAGAACCUGGAAGAGCUCUGGGCCUCGAACAACCAGCUUGCUAGCUUCGAGGAAGUCGAGCGUGAGCUGAAGGAUAAGGAGAAGUUGCAAACGGUUUACUUUGAGGGUAACCCCCUGCAAUUGAACGGGCCAGCUGUCUAUCGAAAUAAGGUGAAGCUGGCGCUACCACAGAUUGUGCAGAUCGACGCAACCUACCUGCGGGUUUGA